AUGAUGGAGACAACUCCAUUUCCGGGCUGUGCUGCCCAGCCCAACGUCAACGAUCCAUACAACUUGGGCAAUGUCCACCACGGUCACGUAGGUCACUCGGCUAACUACCUGGCCUUAGAGCAACCAACAUACGCCACACUAUCUGCUUCGUCCCAUGGCUCCCCUCAGAAACUCACUGGGUACUCCAUGGCAUUUUCCGUAUUUGGAAACGAGCAGGGAAUGGGGCAAACAUUGCCACCCUUGUCUACACCGAUGUCGAUGUCGUACCCGAGCACAUCAAGUGCACAAAACUCGACGAUCUCCUCAUCCGCGCAGAUGACAUCACUUUCAUUCGAGCCAGUCUACUACAACUCUAUUCCUUCUACAACGCCAUCACCCAAUACGCCUCAAGAUGGAUACGAGUGUGUUCCAGUUAACAACUUGGAGACAUUGAAAGAAGGAGACAACAACGCUAACACACUUCCAGCUUCACAGAAUGUAACGGCGAGCUCUGAAUGCUUACCCGCUCUUUACUACAGCGCAGGACAAGCUAACAGUACGACUCAGCAUGGCGUGUGCAAAGUCGAAAACGACGUACUUGUCGGCGGACAAAAUGUUGACCAGACAUCUAGUAUAGCUGCAGGUGUGCCGAUUUCUGCCAGUCAGCCGAUAACACCCAACAAAAUUCUCCCGACAUCUCAACAUCAAAUGGACCUUGGUCAGCCUAACUACAUUACCCAAGAUAUGAAUCCCGGCUUCCUAUUCUUCCCUUCAAUGACAAACAACGGAAUGGAAGGUGCCUCUUACGAUGCCGUCCGCGAUCCCCCUCAAAUACAACCCGUGCAGAAAAAUCAAUCUCCUCAGGGUGCGGAAGAGGUGGACACCAAAGCCGUCGCCGCAAAAAUCACUGCCGAGCUGAAACGAUACUCAAUACCGCAAGCAAUUUUCGCUCAGCGAGUACUUUGCCGCUCACAAGGAACUCUUUCCGAUCUCCUACGCAACCCAAAGCCUUGGAGCAAGUUGAAAAGCGGCCGCGAAACCUUCCGAAGAAUGAAAAAAUGGCUUCAAGAGCCUGAAUAUCAGCGAAUGGCGGCGUUGCGUAUAGCAGCCUGCAAACGUAAAGAAAGUGGCGACCACAAACGGCCACCGGUAAAUAAAAAACCGCGGCUUGUAUUCACUGAUCGUCAAAGGCGCAUGCUUCAUUCAAUUUUCAAGGAAAACCGUCGCCCAACGAAAGAACAGCAACUGUCUAUUUCCUCUCAGCUUGGUCUGGAAGUCUCCACCGUUUCCAACUUUUUCAUGAACGCACGCCGACGCAGCAUGGACAAGUGGUCUGAGUCUGAAUUCGCUAAUCACGCCAAGAACGGAAAUGCCCAGUACGCUGGUCUGCCCGGAGCCUCCCCUGAAUCGUCGCCAACGAGUUCCUGUGCAAGUGGAAUGAGUCCUUUCGAUCCGAGCUCACAGGUCACUCACGCGACGUACGCUUCCGCACAUCUCGUGCCAGGUGCCACCUCCCCCGCCGCUUACUCCCUUCAUCCCUUGGUCAAAACGGAGAAUACUUUUCAAUAA